AUUUUCUUAGUUUGCACGCCACACUAUUCAUAUAAAACUAGUGCUAUUCUUCAACGUCGUCCUCACGUCGAAUCCAUCUCUCUUUUUAAGACUGUAAGCUUCUCAAACUAAUGCAAGCCUCCUCUUUGUGAGUAGUAGAUCUUGACUUUUUUACUCGGACUCUACUUCUCUUUUUCGUGAGUAGUAGACCCUGCUGCUGCAGAAGAUAUUAAUCGAGCACAGACUAAGAGAGAAGGUUCCCUUGCCACCUCCGUUCUCCUUCCUCUUCAAUGGACUCCUCCCGUUCCCACCACCGCUUCAGCAACCUUCUCUGCCUCUUUGUCCUCCUCUUCUCCAACCUCCUCACUUUCCUUCUCUUCUCCUCUUCCUCUUCUUCAUGCCCUCCUUGUCCUUCUUCUACUACUACUACUGUUGCUGCAUGUGCUACGACUGCAGCAUCUGCUUCUUCUUCUGCUUCCUCCAGUAAUGCCGAUGCUUCUCUGCCGGCAGAGUUCGUGGCCUUCACCUCCGCGCAGCCCCUUCCCUUCGGCCACAACCCCAACAUGGACUCCGCGGAGAUCCACCCUCCCGCGGGGCUGGCCUGCCCUCUCUUCCCCGACGAUCUCGCCGCCUUCAUGUCCUACCCCGUCAACGGCUCCUGCCCUGACGACGAGCCCCUGGCCCAGCGCCUCCUCCUCCGAGGCUGCGAGCCCCUCCCACGGCGCCGCUGCCGUCCCGCCGCGCCACCGGACCCCGCCUCGCCCCUCCCCCACCCGGCCGCCCUCUGGUCGCUCCCCCCGGACCGCUCCAUCCACUGGUCCGCCUACUCCUGCAAGUCCUUCCGCUGCCUCGUGGACCGCAAGCGCUCCCCCUCCUUCGACGACUGCAAGGACUGCUUCGACAUCCUCGACGGCAGCCGCGAGCGGCUCCGCUGGGUGGCCCCCUCCGACAACCCCCUCGACUUCUCCAUCGACGAGGUCCUCCAGGCGGCCGACCCCGUCGGCUCAGUGCGCAUCGGCCUCGACAUCGGCGGCGGCUCCGGAACCUUCGCCGUCCGCAUGCGGGAACGCAACGUCACCAUCGUCUCCACCACCAUGAACCUCAACGGGCCCUUCAGCAGCUUCAUGGCCGCCCGCGGGGUGGUGCCGCUCUACCUGAGCGUCUCGCAGCGGCUGCCCUUCUUCGACAACACCCUCGACCUGGUGCACUCCAUGCACGUGCUCAGCAACUGGAUCCCCACCACCCUGCUCCACUUCAUCCUCUUCGACAUCUACCGGGUGCUGCGCCCCGGCGGCCUCUUCUGGCUCGACCACUUCUUCUUCGUGGAGCCUCAGAUGGGCGAGUAUGUGCCCGUCAUCGACCGCGUCGGCUUCAAGAAGCUCCGGUGGGAGGUGGGCAGGAAGCUGGACAGGGGCCUCGAGCUGCGGGAGAUGUACAUCUCCGCCCUGCUGCAGAAGCCACUCAAGAACUCCUGGUAGUCCUUUUCGCUGUUUCUUACCAUUAAUUCUAGACGAAAUACUACUCCUUUUGGCAGCGACCUUUUAUUUUCUGAAGAACUCUGAUGAGUUUUAGUGCUUGAAGACC